AUGGUCGGCAUUACAGGUACGACGUACCGGGCACUCUGUCCGAUUAUACUGCUGUGGAUCGGCUCAGCCUCAGCCCUAAGAAGGGCCAUCUGUCCACCGGGGAAGGACGGAUCGUCUUCUGAUCGCACAAUUUAUUUUGUUGCUGUUGGAAGCACCUCCCCGCCCCUUGGUCAAAGCCAGGAAUUGAGGUGUGCAUACCCAUACUCCCAGCCACACGGAUGGAACCAUGACCUUGGAGUUGGGUUGGAACUUCUGUGGUUCAAAGACAACGAUUUGAUGAAAGGGUCCAAGGUAUCAAACACGUCGGAUGGUCGCAUUACUAUUACAGAGGACGUUGUGAAUGUUCCAGACAACAUACGCCAUUUAUGCUCAAGACAGUUAGACCAAGAGACCAAGAAGACCAAGAGCUUCCGCUCUAUCUUGUCAAUACACAACAUUGAACACUCGGACUAUGGUGUGUACAACUGUCAUCUUGUAAUCAACAAUAAAUACAAAGAGAUAAUCCAUUCAACCAGACUCAAAGGUCCUUAUAGUCGACCUAAGAUCUUGUACCCUAAGCUGUCCAAUAUGUGCAAAACUACGUUGACAUGUGAAGUUGCCUGCGUUGACUGCUGCCCAUGUGAUACGGGUUUAUGUGAAAUGGUGCUGUUGAAGGACAACAGGGUGGUUACAUCAACUACAUCUGUUAUAACAGAUCGUCAUAAAUUCAAGUCAACGUUGAAGAUAUCCAUCGAUGGCCCUAAGGAUUAUGAUCUGUAUAAAUGCGUACUGAAGCAAUUGGCCAUGGCUGUCGAUUGUCAAGAUGGGUCGAUGAUUGAGAAUUGGAAUGUUGGAUCUUCUUUCAGGCUAUAUCAGCCAAAAGCCUAUGCGACAAAACCGCAUAGAGCUUUUACAAAUGCUGAAGGAGCACACGUUUCCUGCCUCUUUGAAAAACGGUCCUUGCCAGCUAGUCUGACUGGUACGAUUGGGAAAACAUGGGAAGUUGUUCUUCGCAAGGAUCAUCAUAAAGAGAUUGCUUCAAAAGAAACGUCCGUCUCCCCGGACGGGACAGUGCAGGCAUCCUUUUCAUUGAAGAGAACUCUGGAAGUCUAUGGAGAAUACCAGUGCGUGAUAAGACCAACGCAUCAUGGUUGUAAGAAUCAGUCAUGGUCCGAGUCUUCCAACAUGUUGAUAUUCGAAUCACCUACGGUCCUGCAGCCACAUACAGUUCCCUCUUGGAUGAGGACAACAACUAAACACGGCUGUGCAUUUCUUAUCGAGCACAGAGAAGUGGAUCGUUAUGCAAUUGUCGUUACAUCACAAGGAAAUGAAGUAAGUACUUUUGCGGUCGCUACAAAUGGUUUUGAUACGGUGACGUCUUUGUCUAUAACAACAAAAGUAGACACGCCCUAA